AUGGGCACUUGCGAUGCCCCCGUCGAAGGAAUCGUCGGUGCAUACACAGGCAACAACUUCGCCGUCCAAGCCUCAAUUGCCAGCCUCCUCGGCUGUGCCAUCUACAGCGCCUUAGAGCUCGUAGUGCUGGUCUUCUCUAUCUUCCACAUCUACGGAGGUCUGUACUUCUGGAGCCUCUUGAUGUCCGCCUCACUAGGCGUGAUUCCCGAUGCACUGGGCCUGAUCCUGAAAUACUUUGAGCUCGCCCCGAUAUGGAUCCCCGUGACGUUGUCAACUGCCGGCUGGGCCGUUAUGGUGACAGGACAAUCGCUUGUGCUGUAUUCGCGACUACAUCUAGUUAUGCUGAAUCAGACGGUACUGCACUGCGUGCUGGGGAUGAUUAUUUUCGAUGCGAUUGCGAUGCAGACGCCGCAGAUUGUUGCUUCUUAUGGGGCUGUUUAUGCGUGUCAUUCGGGGUUUGGGACAUUUUUUAAUGUCUGGGAGAAGGUUCAGUUGACUGUGUUUUUUGUGCAGGAGAUUGUUAUCUCAUCAUUGUUUAUUGUGCAGACUAUCAAGUUGUUGAUGUCUUAUCCCUCGCGUUCGAAACGGAGGACCAAUAUCAUGUAUCAGUUGAUUACCAUAAACACGGUGAUCAUAUUGAUGGAUAUUGCGCUUAUUACUAUGGAGUUUAGGGGGUUGUUUAUUACGCAGACGGUGGCGAAGUGUUUCUUCUAUACUGUGAAGCUCAAGUUGGAGAUUGCCGUUUUGUCGAGAUUGGCAUCGUUUGUGAAGUCAAAUUCUGAUCAAGGUUCAUCAGGGUUAAGUCGUUUGCAAAACCACUCUUGA